AUGCCUGAUCUCCAUGUUGCCUCAGAGGCUAAAUUCCAGGAUGUGUUAUCUGUGCCUGCACAGUUCUCAAUUGCUCCUUUGGGCAGCCUUUCUGUCGCUGCAUUACUGCUUAUCAACCUGCCUACAGUGUUAGAAAACAGCGCUUCAGCCGCUAGAAUCGUCUUUUCCAAACAGUCCCCUUUGCUCCAGUUGCCCACAGACUUUGUUUCACGACCUGUUCCGCCAUUUCAAACAGCCUCAUCCCUUCGCAAUUGUGCUAGAGGUGCAUUUUUAGACGGAGAUAAAUCAGUGAUCCAUCCUUCAUUCCCCAAUGACCCACUUCCAAUGUGGGUCGUGUCAUACUGGCUCGCUAUGUCACAUGCACUCGAGAAUCAGCGUGAUUGGCACGCAUCACAUGACUGGGUCUACGACAGAUUUGAUGUUGUUCCUACUGACAGACAAGAGUUGGAAAUUAUUGACAAGGUUCUAGAUGUCUUAGAGAGCCUUCCAUGGGAUGCCCCUCUCAAGGGAUUCGGUGCUCAGACAGAUCUGAGGAGCACCGAGCUCCGACCGCUGUUAGGAUCAUGUCCAAUUCACGGUCGUGUUUUGGACAGCAUGAUUGCUGUAGUGGUCCAGCGUAUGCAAGCAUCAGACGAUGAAGACCUCCAGUCUGUUUCGGUUGAAUCUCUCGACUUUGCAGAUAUCCUUCGGCUUAGCGAUAAACGGUGGAAGAGCUACGAGACGGACAAGGCUGUCGUUCGCCUUCGUACCAUUGGCUCUGCAUUACGCGAGGGUGCACUUCAUCGUAUCCUCCUUCCCAUCAAUAUCGACAAUGUUCAUUGGGCUGUUAUCAAGGUCGAUGCUACAAACCAAAGCAUCUCCUAUGCCGACUCCCUUGGCUGGAGUUGGCCUAACAAAGACAUUGAUGCCAUACAUCGUUGGCUGGGCUAUCAUGGUUUCGCCAAAUUCAACUGGGUGACCACACUCCAGCACGGCAAACAGCAUGACUUGUUCUCAUGUGGUAUUGCAGCUCUAAACACUAUCAAACAUGCCUUGUUUCAAGAUCCGUUGUUCACUGACAAUAGAGCUUUUUCCCUCCGUAUGGAGGAAUUUCUUUAUAUUGUUUAUGAUCUCCUUGAGGUAUGGAUAUCUCAUUCCCGGUGA